ACAAGCGGUGACGUGGGGCUGGAGUGUAAAUGUUUCUGGCGGAGAAGCAAAGCAAGUGGAGUCCCUCCUCUCGGGCGUUUGUGUCUAACAGAGUGAUCCCGGAGAGCGGGCAGAUCCCAGCGGCGAUGGAAGCGGAUGCAUCCGAUCAGAUCAAAUCUCGGCGAGUCGAUGAAAAAGAUCAGACCAGUGGCAGCCUUGGAUGUUGCGGUUGGGUCUUGGUAAUAUUGUCUUAUUUCUUCAUGAUCAUCAGUUUCCCCCUGUCCAUCUGGUUGUGCAUAAAGAUUGUUAAGGAGUAUGAGCGAGCUAUAAUAUUUAGACUUGGGCGCAUUCUGGCAGGAGGAGCUAAAGGACCAGGGCUAUUUUUUGUCUUGCCCUGUACUGACUCCUUUGUUAAAGUAGACAUGAGAACCAUUUCCUUUGACAUUCCACCUCAAGAGAUUCUCACCAAGGACUCUGUGACGAUCAGCGUUGAUGGAGUUGUUUAUUACCGUGUUCAGAAUGCAAUCCUUGCUGUUGCGAACAUCACGAAUGCAGACUCUGCUACCCGACUGUUGGCGCAGACCACGUUAAGAAAUGUGCUUGGAACAAAGAAUCUGUCUCAGAUUCUGUCAGACCGUGAGGAAAUCGCACACAACAUGCAGACAACACUUGAUGUUGCAACGGAUGAAUGGGGCAUUAAGGUUGAGCGUGUGGAGAUCAAAGAUGUGAAGCUACCUGUCCAACUGCAGAGAGCAAUGGCAGCUGAGGCUGAAGCAUCGAGGGAGGCUAGAGCCAAGGUAAUUGCAGCCGAAGGGGAGAUGAACGCGUCCAGAGCGUUGAAAGAAGCUUCUAUUGUGAUCUCAGAAUCUCCAGCAGCCCUGCAGCUUCGCUACCUGCAGACCCUCACCACUAUCGCUGCAGAGAAAAACUCCACCAUUGUAUUCCCUCUGCCAAUGGACCUGGUGCAAAACAUAAUGGGGGCAAAGAAGUGAUGUCACUGAACACCAGUCUCGACCACAGUUUCUACGUAUGUUUUCCAAUGACAGACAAUUUUGGUUAGAAUUACUUUUUUUUUUCCACAUCGUAAUAAUAGCAAGCAAGGUUUACGUUGGUGAUGGGUUAACAGCUAGACCCAUAAAAGAGGCUCCAUCGACUAAUACUUCACUAUAUGUCAAUGCUUCCACUUCUGAACAAUUUGAUUGUAUUUGUUAUAGCAGUGAGUCACAGCGGAAUGUACACCAUGAUGGGCAAAUUCAUGGCAUGCAUGCACUAGUCUCGGAACAAACUGUUUUGUACAGUUCUGUUGUCGUAGCAUCGGCCUGAAUGUUUUUUAGCCAAACAUAAUGGCUUGCUAGAGUUUCAUUGGUGAAGCCAUAAUGUUUUCUGUCCGUUUACUGGCUUCAUUUAGCGCAGUGACAUAGAGAAGCCUUUGUCAAACCCUCAUCUCAAUACUGCUACAAGCCUAGCAAAACCCACUCCAGUUAAAUCAAACCAAUACCUUUUAACUCUGCAGUUUAGAAUCCUCAUGAGGACUUCUGCUUUGACUAAGGAUCUAAUUAUGUCAUGCCAUUCAACUUGUUAGACUCCAGUGUAUCUCAUCCCACCUGUACUCCUGUUUAUUUUAAACAAACCUUUAAUUUUGCAACAUAUGUAAUUAGAAGACUUGUAUCACAUAUCAUUUUGUAUAAAUCCAUUUUAAUUUCUGUGAUUUCUACAGAGCCUACUUGUUUUGAACUUUGAGAUGUUAAAAUCUUGUGCCCAUUUAUUGUGCCUGUACCAAUAUGUCAAAAGUCUGGAUCGAAACUAGUUAAAUUUACACCAUCGGGCACACCCAAGAUCCUAAAAGUGAUCUACAACCUAAAUUUACAACCCUGCUGCAAUCUGAAGGGUCGGUAUGUUUGGUGCAUUCAAUGUUAAAUAUUUCUAGUCUUUCUCUGUAUCUCACAUCAAACCUACCCACGAUGCUAAUGUGUAAUAGUUUGUCUAUUUAACCUUUCUGACAAAACUCAUUGCUGGUGGAUGACUACUUGCUCAGUAUCAAAUACAGUUGUGUGCCCCUCUGUUGACACUUUAGACUGGGCAAUUACCACCUCAGGCCUAAUGAGACACCAUCCAUGUGUAAAAAUUGGUUUCAUUCCACAUUACAACCAGCCCUCUCCACCAAUCUAAGUUUGUAGAAUUUUCUUCUUUUUAAACUAUGACUACACAUUUCUGACUCUUCCUUCAAGGAAAGUAACUUUUUUAAGUGUCCCCAGCCAUCUACACAAGGUACAGCACUUAAACUGAAUAGGAUGAAUAAAUCACAUGUUUAGAUCAUUGCCCAUUAUAUCUAUUUCUUAUUGGAUUGCUUUUAAUGAGAUAGUAAACAUCGCAGACGUUAAAAAUUCCUAUCAGAUCUUUUGUAUCAAAGUCUCAAUUUUGUUGCCAAAUUCAUUGCAUUGUGAAUCAAUUGUCAGGUUAUCUUUGUGAAGAAAUCUGAAAGAAAUAUCACUCCAAGGGGUGCAUGAUGUCACCGUUCUGCCUGAGAGUUUUGUAGCGGGAAUGCUGCCGGUCUUAAUAUAUUGCCCAAGUGUGUCACUGAUAUCUAACUGUGGGGCAGAAUAAUUCCUGUCCUGAGUCGAUGGGGAGUGAAUGAAUCCUGGGCAGACUGUAGCAACAUAAACACUGCAGAGUUCAAACCAGACUCUCUUUUAGAGGCCUUUGCCAUUAAUACCAUAAUUGUGACUGUUGUCUCUGUGCCCUGGGAAACGUGUUGUCUCGUAGUGCUCAGCAAAUACCAGACCAAACACCCAGGCUCAAUUUUGAGGGGGCGGUGGGUGUCGUUGGUACAAUAGAGCUAUUUUGGUUCUUGGUCGUGCUUGGAAGGUUUAAAAGCUUGGACAGUGACCUGACUGAAAAGGGAAAAUUGCUUCUUUUCAGAAACUCACUUAAUGGUUUCAUUCGAGAAGUGAAAUCUGUUUGAACUAUUUGUUAAUUAUAGUUUGUAAUGUUGCUGUAGAAACUUUGUGGUUUUAAUAAUUUGCUGUUCACUGACAGUAAACGGAGUUUCACUGUGAGACUUGUUACAUCAUUACACCAAAAAAACAUCAUUAUUAAAAGCCUACUGCUUAAGUACCUGUAGUCCAAAUGAAUGUGCUUGUCACUAGAGCCAUUGCAAAAUUAUUGCCGUCCCAAAUACCGAGUGGAGAAACAUGGACAUAAGCAAUAAGUGUAGAAAAGUAAGUUCAUCAGUUCGGUAUGUAACAGUGAUGUUUUAGUGUACGCAUUUCAUCUGAGAAAUUGUCAAAUCACAUCAAAUCCAUUUUUUGUGCUAAUGGUCUAAAAUAGAUUCGAUCUGCAUUUGAUUAACUCUCUUCUGCUGAAGCUCGUUCAGCCAUGGUAUGUGAUCAUAUAUAUGUCAAUGGGCAGUAAAUGUAUUGGCAAUGGGGGAAAUAAACAUUGGUACUCGAUGAGACACUAUAUGUAAUGCACUGUCGCUUUGAACUUGAGUGCUGGCUAUGAGUGCAACCUAGACCAAAGUAAUCAAAGUAACUAGCUGCAUGUAACAUGAUUUGGAUCAUUUUGCUCUAAAUGGCAGUCUCUGCUUCACUGUCUCCAAUGACCACUUAUCUUCCAUGUGGACUAAGUUAUACUCGUAUCAUGGGAAAUGCUGCUUUUGAGAUGAAAAUUGGGCCAUGUCAUUGGAGCAGAGUGAAGGGAGCUUUGAACUGUAUCUGGCCGUACUGUACAUCUGUGAGCACAUAACAUUGGCAGAGAGAGUUGGCUUAUCUUUCACCGUGGAGAGUACAAAAACAAAACUUGGCCAGACCAAAUUUCUGGAAAUUGCUUUUACAUGGUUGCCUUGUUACUGUUUGUGAUUCACUUAUUGUUGAGUCAGAAGCAGCCCACCACUGCAGAUGAAGUCUUUCUUCAGUCACUUAAAAUUGCCAAUUAAUUUUACGUCUUUUAAAUCUAAAACCUACAGCCAGUUGGAAAUUGGGCCUGAGUCUGAAUUGGACACGAGAACAAGACAUAGUUCACUUUUCAAGAAACCAAGACAGCCAGAUCAGCUUAGACUUGCCCCAGGUUGACCAAGGCAGGGUUUUGGAGGCCUUACAACUCAUUGCUGUAUACUGUAUAAUUUUCCUGCUGAAGUUUGGGAAUGUAACAACUUAGAAUGUAUGCAAUAUGUAACAACCAAGGCAAUUGCUUAUCUUCCAGAAAUUAAUCUGCUUUUCUUUGAUCAUUUAUGUUUUUGAAAGCAUGUUCAAUAACUGGUGUAGUGUGCUUUUAUAUUUAAGCUUGCAGUGCAUUUAAUAAAUGUUAUUAAAUCAA